AUGGGGAUGAAGAUGGCACAGUGGGAUGCCGAAAUCGCCGCGGGGGCAAUGAAUAGCUCGAGGUAUCCGGAACUGGGGUAUACACUUUGUGAGAACGGGUUUGCGGCAGCGAUCCCAGGAGACUUUAACAACACGUUCAAAUGCCACAAUAUCGAUUUGUACCACUUCCUUCCCCAUUCGCUCCUUGGUAGCUCCCAGGGCCAGGGCUCUUCGUCCUGGGGCUGGACAUCUUCAGAUGGAAGGGAGUUUGUCGCUAUUGGCCAGUUCGACGGCACUGCUUUUGCGGAAAUCAGCAGCGAAGGCAAGCUCAUCUAUCUUGGACGUCUGCCUCCAUACGACGCCAUCGGUUCGCGGUGGCGCGAGAUCCGCGUUAUGAGAGACUACGCGGUGAUUGGAAGCGAGGCUAUCAAGCACGGCGUCCAGAUCUUUGACAUGAAGAAGCUUCUCGAUCUAGAUGGGAGUGAGCCGAGGAACUUCACUCAAGAUGAUCUUACAGGACACUGGGGCUUGGGUACUGAGUGGAACGACCUACCCGUAGGCCGAACACACAACAUCGUCGUCAACCCCGAGCUCAACUACGCCGUAGCCGUCGGCUCUGUUGGCGGUAACGAGACAAUCCGUGUGCGCGGAGACCUGCCCUGCCGUGGAGGUCUCAUCUUCAUCGACAUGAGCGAUCCCGCUAACCCCACAUCCCCUGGCUGCGCCUCCGCAGACGGCUACGUGCACGACGCCCAAUGUCUCGUGUACCGCGGACCCGACAAGAGAUACUAUGGCCGCGACAUUUGCUACGGCUACAACGAAGACACGCUGACCAUCUACGACGUAACAAACAAAGCGGGCAACACAACAACCAUAAUCUCACGCACCACUUACCCUGGCGCCGAAUACGUCCACCAAGGCGUCGUCAACAACGAAACAUGGCAAGAAUACAUUUUCCUCGAUGACGAAUUUGACGAGCGCGAUGCCCGCGUAGGCCCCAUGACGCAAGGCCUACCCACCACACACAUCUUCGACAUCCGCGACCUGGAAAACCCAUUCUACAGCGGCAACUACGAGGGAACCCGCAGAGCAAUCGAUCACAACCAGUACAUCGUUGGAGAGCAUCUGUACCAAUCCAACUACGGCAACGGUCUCAGCGUCCUGGAUAUCGCAUCCAUCACCCAGGACCCCAGUGGCGCAGGGCUCUGCGAAGCAGGCUUCUUCGACAUCUAUCCCGAAGACGACGAGAAUGAAGGCGGAGGCACUGUAGCCUUCACAGGCUCAUGGUCCAGCUAUGCAGAGUUCAAAUCCGGGUUCAUCUUCGUGCAUACCAUUGAGCGCGGGUCCUUUGUUGUCAAGAUGACGAGCAAGGAGUGUAAGAAGCCGAGUGUCUGCGAAGCGGAUACUUGUCUGAGUGCGAUGAGGACGGCCAAUGUGGAGGGUAGGUUGGAGGCUUCGCAGCAGUUUUGCGGCGAGUUUACCCAGAGGUUGGUCGAGGAUGUGGGGGUGGUGCCGGAUUUUGCGAGACAGGCUUGUGCGGGGGAGGAGGUCGUGGCUAGGGUUAGUAGUGCGUGUGCUUGUGUACCGACGCCUGCAGUGCCCGAGUUACCUAGGACGACGAGUAGGGCGCCAGUGCCUACUGUGUUGCCGCCGAGGAUGUAG